CUCCCCUCCGCGGCGCGGCCUUCUCCGGAGGCCACGCCACCCAUUCCCCCCUCCCCUCGCGGCCUCCUCCUCCUCCGCUUCCCCAACGUACCGUGGCGGUCCGGCCGUCGCUCAUUGAGUUGGGAGCACGGCGGCAAUGGGGAUUGCGGAGGUGGCCCUCCACACUAUGCCGGGGGCCGGGGCGUUCGCCGGCCACUCCCCGGCGUCUAGUUUGCCCCUCGUUGCUGACGCGAGGGGCAGGAGGAGGAAGGUGAACAUCAAUUCGUUGCCCAACUCCAGGGCGCUUCGAGGUCCGGCCAGGUAUUCCGGGCUGCGCUCUGCCGUGUGCCAGUGCCAGCGUCUCGAUGACCUCGCGAGGGUCACGGAAGGGAACGGGACUUGGGUUAAGGAUGCGGUAGACAAGGCGAGCCAUGCUCUUGGUGAUGUGAGCGUGCCGCCUGGCCAGGCUAUAGGUGGCAAUGGAAGUCUAAACGGGAGCGCUGUCAAGUCUCCACCGCAGCGGUGCAAGGUGUCUUCUGUGGAGGAUGAAGGUUGGGAACUCUUGCGGGAGUCCAUGGUUUAUUAUUGUGGUAGUCCAGUUGGGACGAUUGCUGCCAACGACCCGAAUGAUGCCAAUCCAAUGAAUUAUGAUCAGGUGUUCAUUCGGGAUUUCAUACCGUCUGGUGUUGCUUUUCUAUUGAAGGGAGAGUACGAAAUAGUGCGCAAUUUCAUUCUACACACGCUUCAACUUCAGAGCUGGGAGAAGACAAUGGAUUGCCAUAGUCCAGGCCAGGGCUUAAUGCCUGCUAGUUUCAAGGUGCGAACAAUUCCGCUUGAUGGAGAUGAAGAUGCAACUGAGGAGGUCUUGGAUCCUGAUUUUGGGGAGGCAGCAAUAGGUCGCGUGGCACCUGUUGAUUCAGGUCUGUGGUGGAUCAUAUUACUUAGGGCAUAUGGAAAAUGUUCAGGAGAUCUGUCAGUUCAGGAGAGAAUUGAUGUUCAGACUGGAAUAAAAAUGAUAUUAAAGCUUUGUUUAGCUGAUGGGUUUGACAUGUUCCCUACAUUACUGGUAACUGAUGGAUCGUGCAUGAUUGAUCGUCGAAUGGGAAUCCAUGGGCAUCCACUUGAAAUUCAGGCACUGUUCUAUUCAGCUCUUCUGUGUGCUCGUGAAAUGUUAACCCCAGAAGAUGGGUCAGCUGACUUAAUCCGUGCUCUGAACAAUAGGCUUAUCGCACUGUCCUUUCAUAUUAGGGAGUAUUAUUGGGUUGACAUGCAGAAGCUGAAUGAGAUUUAUCGGUAUAAAACAGAAGAAUAUUCCUAUGAUGCUGUGAACAAGUUUAACAUAUAUCCUGAUCAGAUUUCUCCAUGGCUUGUUGAGUGGAUUCCUCCUAAAGGAGGUUACUUCAUCGGGAACCUGCAGCCAGCUCACAUGGACUUCCGAUUCUUUUCUCUGGGAAAUUUGUGGUCCAUAGUAAGCAGCUUGGCAACUACUCAUCAAUCUCAUGCCAUUUUGGACCUGAUUGAAUCCAAAUGGUCAGAUUUAGUGGCAGAGAUGCCAUUGAAAAUAUGCUAUCCUGCUCUAGAGAACCAGGAAUGGAAGAUCAUUACUGGAAGUGACCCUAAGAAUACGCCUUGGUCAUACCAUAAUGGAGGAUCCUGGCCAACAUUAUUAUGGCAGCUCACAGUAGCAUCUAUCAAGAUGAACAGACCAGAGAUUGCUGCAAAAGCUGUAGAGGUAGCUGAGAGGCGUAUUGCUAUCGACAAGUGGCCUGAAUACUAUGACACCAAACGAGCACGCUUCAUAGGGAAACAGUCUCGUCUUUACCAAACCUGGUCUAUUGCUGGGUACCUUGUGGCCAAACAACUGCUGGACAAACCUGAUGCUGCUAGAAUACUUUGGAACGAUGAGGAUGCAGAAAUUCUUAACGCUUUGAGCACAAACAGGAAAAGAGGCAAGAAAGUGUUGAAGAAGACAUUCAUUGUAUGAGUUCUCGAAGCCAUUACCCGCUUCUUUAAGUUAGCAUUUAAGUUAUAGGAAAUGUCUUCCUGUAUAUAUAUACACGAAAGGAUAUGUUUUGAUGGAGAGAUGCGUGCUGUUGGAUGCUGUUAUUGUGGAUGCAUCUGGCUUUUGCAAGAAAGCACUUGCCUGAGCAUUUCUCAACUGUAUUCCUUUCAUCAUUUUUUGUACACUAGACUUGCCUCAUGUAGGUUAUCAUAUACUGCAUCCGACAUGACACUUUGUGCCAGUAGUAUGAUCCUAUGCUAUCGUUACAAUUAUAUGCA